ACGGGCAUGCUGCUCGUCAUUUACUCACAGCUAAGCUGGCAACGUUCACCCUGUACCGUUCUAUGGAUACCCUGUUCUAAUCAUUAAACCUCAUUUCUCGACAUAAUAUUUCGUCUUUCUUUCCUUUUGUUAACAAUUUGAACCCAGGGUGUUCGUUUUUUUUCCUAAGCACUAUUAAAUAUGGUUGAACCGGUUGAACGCGUUUUAGGACCAUUGACUCCUUCGAAAUCUAAUGUUCAGGUCCUCCGCUCUACUGAUAACCAUUCUAAACUAAAUUUUGACGCGCUGGAAACGGAAAACUUGGCGCCAGAGACGCCUUCGUUACACAGGACAAGCAAUACUUCAGAUCAGAACGAAAUGAGUACAUUUAAUGCCUCCAAAACAUGUCCUCCGAAGCAGAAACGUGCUAUUUCGGACACUUUCAGUUACAAGGUUUCAAGCUGUGAAAGAAAAUCCAUUGGAAAUGGGAUCAGAACGACCGAUCCAAUGUAUAUGAAGUCUUUCACCAUUAAUCCUGUCAGAACCAAACAUAUCCGACCUGAUGUUCCCGAAGAUAUUCGAGAAUGUGCUCAGAAUCUCCGUCUAAGACUUCAAUUGGCCAUGUACAAGGUCCAGGUGAAUCAACCGUACUCACCGCUUCGGGAAUUGCCAAUCGUUUCACGUAUGAAACUUCCUACCGUUUCUAAAACAGAAUCCGUAACUACUUUUUGGGAACAAAAGACGCCCGUAUCCACUACAAAACGACCCCUGCAUAUGUCGACACCCACUGUCAGUCGAAUAUUGCAGGAAUCCCCAUCUAAACCACCUCAGCGUGUUGGUGAACAACUCUUAACGCCAAAGGGAUCAGAUACCACAUGCUCCAAACCAACAUUGUCAAGCCUACAAAACCGAAUGCUCCCUACCGACAGUUCUCCCGCAUCUGCUUACCGGUCUCAAUCGAGACGAUAUGGUAUUCGUUCUUCGGCCGCGUUAAUGCAAUCCGCUUCACCGUCUACUCGAAGACUACGAAAGUCAAUGUCUUUGUCGAUGGUUGGACAAAAACGAACAAGUUCAAAGGCUGAUUGUUGUUCUACACAAGGAACACCCACGAAGUGCUAUAGUUUCUCCACACCGUUGAAGAAAUCCAAGAGUGUGAUCGAGGAACGAGCGCCAAAUUCGGCCAACAGUCGCGAAACCAGAAACGCUGACAAGGAAAAACCCUCUAGCUCACUUAGUGCCGCUGCACAUUGCUUGACACAGUUAGGUAUGAUGCGGUGAUCAUUUACCAUCUUCGCGAAUAAACCUCCCAUAUUCCUUGCUGCUGCGCAUUAUACCCUUUGUGGACUACGACGAACAAGUGGCGUUGUUCAGACUUGGUGCAAUCCUGAGGAACACGCAUGCUCUAAAAGUCAGUCCCAUACAAAAUCAGAUCCCUCGUUAGGCAUCCAUCCUUUCAUAACGGACAUAAGCAAACGCUUUGCCUCCCUUCUUUCUUUGUUUUCCUCUUUCCAAUUCGCAUAGUUUGCGUCGUUCGUUAAUGCUGGUUGAAUUGCUUUUAACAAAUGCAUGAGUUGUCGUCGACAGACUAAUGACAUAGCCUUCUCAAAGUUUGUUGCUUUCACGCCAGAGCGUAUACCGUUGUGAAUAACUUCACGUUGCUGGACAACGUUGCCCAUCCACAGUUGAACGUUUGUGCUGGUCACUUUCUUCUCACUACUGUUGCUUGUGUUUGCAUAUUCAAAAGGCACAUCACACUGCAGAACUUGAAACGGUGUAAAUUUGUAAGGAGGAAUGCAUACCUCCGCAAGCGGUGCCAAACGCCCUGUUGCACCGAAAGCUCUUUUUAUGGCAGACUCUUCAACCACUUCUGUUGGUAGUACCAAGGUGCUCAAGUAUAUAGGUUGGACUAAUAAACUGGUCUGUGCAUUACAAAGCGAUAAGUAUUCUCGAGCACUUAGUUUAUCGGAACAACUUUUACUCCAACUGCACGGCGAAUCCGCGCGACCGGGUUUUGUUCUUACAAUGCCCAACUGGGAGAAAUCCGCGCGACCUCUUAAUGGUUGGUUGGGUGUUUCGUUCCUUAACCGCCAUGGUUCUUUAUCUUUACUUUUUUUAAUAAGCAAUUCCAUGCUUGCAUCUCCACAUGGACACUCAGAAACAUAGAGGUGAAACGUCAUCUUUUUUGGGCACUUAAACUUGUCUUCUUUUUCCUUUUUAAUGAGGAUGUUUGAAGGUUUUCCUUCCUUAAUGUUUUUUAUGUUUUCGAGUAAUACACUUGUUAAACAUUCGUUAGUUGAUGAAUGCGCUGCUGAAUCCCUUACCGAUUGAAUCCUCGUAGAGCUAGGAUUUCUGCAUGGCAAUCGUGAAGAACGCAACCUAAUUUUGCCUGAUCGAUUUUGCUUACAGCAUUGCUGUCAAUGUCAGCAAAAGAUCAACUGUCAUAGUUCAUUCCUGGGUAACAGGAAGGAGAAGGGAGAAGGGAGAAGGUUGGAAGGUCACCUUCAGAAAUACUGUUGAAGUAUGAACGCAUUCAAUAGUACAUCUUUUUGGUCCAUAUAAUACACUUACCAUUUUACACCAGUGCUAGCAAUCCGUUAGUAACAAAAUCCUCUUUUCAAGGCAACAU